GAGAGCGCCUGCGAAAAAUGUUGCUAGAGCAGGGUUCCUUUGAGAAGCUGGAGGUAGCUGUCAAGCAGUGGCACGAGAAGCGCAGCAAGGAAGAGGCAGAAGGCGGAUAUGUUACCAAGCAGUGGUUGAUGGACAAUGAAUCCUACACACAGCAGAUGGCAGACGAUGCCUUCGAAUGGGCUCGGCAGCAUGGCAAGCUGCGAAAAAACAAGGUACACGGUACUGAAGAAGCGGAUAUCCCACUCCGUGAAAAAUGGAGCUCUAUGAAAGAAAGUGGUCGCCGCACUGAAUUUGCGGGCAAGGCUGAAAUGGAGGCACCAUGCUAA